AUGUUUUAUAAUAAAUUUAAAUUAAAUUUGUUUGUAAUAUUUUUUAUAUUAUAUUCUUGUAUUAUAUUAGGAACAUCUUCGGCAAAAGAACAAGUAGAUAUCAAUGCAAUACUAAGGGAGCAUUUUGAUCAAGAGUUAUUUAUUUUAGAAAAUAAUGAAAAGGAAGAUAUUAUUAAAGAAUUAGUAGAAAAUGAGCCAGAUUUAUAUUCAGAUAUAUAUGACACUUUUUCAAAAAGUAAAAUUCAAGUGACCCCAAAUGUUGUUAUACCCGAAGAUGCACUUAUUAGCUCAGGAUCGAGACAAAACUAUUGGACAGGUGAAACAUGUGAACAAACAUCAUUCAAUUGGACAAGCCCCCAAACUAAUUGUCCAAAUGACUGUCAUGGCUAUUGGGGACAAGGUAAAUGUGACCAAGCAACAGGUACUUGUAUAUGCACCUAUUUUUUUACAGGUGCAGAUUGUUCGGAGAAUACAGAUCCAGAUCACGAUUGGGAUUAUAUGCCUUGCAACGGUGGUAGAUAUUGCCCUCCAAUUUAUGGUACUGAUUUUAGACAUUGUAUUUGCCCAGAAGGCCAAAAGGGUUUAGAGUGUAGUGUUUGUUCUUCUUCAAGUGGAUGCAAUAAUCUUUUAUCAAAUGAUACAGGGUCUUAUUUAUGUGACAACACUCACAUCACAUAUGGCGAUAAACAUUAUAGCUGUGUGGUUACAAGCCCAGAGGUUAAUGGAGAUCUCAAUAAUUCAACGGCAACAGCAACUAUUGAUUGUAAUUUUCCAGGCUAUAAUUAUUCCGAUGGUUCAUGUGCUAUGAAUUUAUAUUAUCGUAUUGGUGGUACUCCAUUAUAUUUUAAUUGUUCAUUUAUUGAAUGCCAACGUACAAUUCUUCCAGGUCAGAAUCAAUCCAUUAUUUGUAAUUAUAGUAUGUGUAAUUGUACAAGUUAUUGUGGGUUCUUUUUGGCUGGCAUCAUAUCUCAAGUUAAAAGUGAAGCAGAGUUUAUUUGUGGUGCAGGCACAAACAACAGCAAUAUCGAAUGUUCUUUUUCACAAAAAGAAAUCUCACUUUUACUUCCAACUAUUCCAUUAUCUUGUAUGGCCGGUGAAUGUAUUGAUGAAAAAAAUCCACCUCCACCAGUAUUUCCAGUUCCAAUUUCAAAAUUAAUGUUUUUAUAUUUUUAUGUCGGCUCUGGUGUGGGUUUGAUAAUUUUGGCAUUACUAUCAGGAGGAAUAUUUUUAAUUUUCUCUCAUCAAGAGGACAGAAAGAAAUUCAUUGAAGAUACUCAUUUGGUGUGUGAAUUAUCAUUCCAAAACAUUAGCUGCUAUGUAAAUGAACGUAAAUCACUUAUGGGCCAAGAAUUUAGAAAAACAAUUUUAGACAACGUUAAUGGCGUUUGCCCACCAGGUCAAUUAACCGCACUAAUGGGUCUUUCAGGUUCAGGUAAAACCUCUCUUUUGGAUAUCCUAUCUGGUAGAAAGAAUGUCGGUUUGCUUGAAGGAAGUGUUUUAAUUAAUGGCGCUCCGGUUAGUAAAAACUUUAAAAGAAUUUCUGGUUAUGUUACCCAAGACGAUAUUAUGAUUGGUACUCUAACAUGCCGUGAACAUUUAAUGUUUGCUGCUGAAUUAAAACUUCCAGAGCACAUGUCUCACGAGUAUAAAGCACAAAGAGUAACCGAUGUUUUAGAGGAAUUGGGUCUAACACGUGUUGCCGAUAAUACUAUUGGUACCCCAGAGAAGAGAGGUAUUUCGGGUGGUGAAAGAAGAAGGCUCUCAAUUGCUACCGAAUUAAUUGUUAAUCCAUCAAUAUUGUUUUUAGAUGAACCAACAUCAGGUCUUGACAGUCAUUCUGCUGCUGAAUUAAUUACUAAAUUAAAACAAUUAGCAAAUAAUCAAGUUACAGGCCAAAGAACUAUUAUUUUUAGUAUCCAUCAACCAUCUGCAGAAAUCUUUGAACAGUUUGAUAAUUUAAUUCUUCUUCAUCAAGGUACCCCAUUCUAUUCAGGAAAAGCCGAUCAUUCAGUUCAAUACUUUAUUGAAAAGAAAAUGGAAACAAUGAACGAGCAAGAAAAACAAAACUAUAGGAUGCAUCUUAGAAAUCCAGCUGAUUUCAUUAUUUCAAUGGUUACUGAUAAAAAUGCUCAAAGAAUAUAUUCACCAAUUGUUCCAAAUAUUAUUAUUAAUAAUUUAAAUAAUAAUAAUAAUAAUAAUAAUAAUAAUAAUAAUAAUAAUAAUAAUAAUAAUAAUAAUAAUAAUAAUAAAAAUAAAAAUAAUUCAUCUAGACACACAAAAAAUAAUAGUAGUGGUGACAGUAACUAUGGCGCUAGUGGAAGUAACGAUAUGGGUACUGGUGAAAUAGAUAAUGAUAAUAAUCCAUCUGCAGCUGAAGAUAGUCUUUUCUAUGACGGUCAACCACAUCAACAACCAAUUCAACCAAAUAAUGAACCAUUAGCAAGUUUGGUUAAAAUUGGUAAAGUUGAAGAAUAUGCAACUUCUUUUUGGACACAAUUCUUUGUUGUUUGCCGUCGUUCAUUAUUAAAUUAUAUUAGAAAUCCAUUCCUCUUAAGAACUACAUACUUUGUUCAUACUUUUGUUGGUUUAACUUUAGGUUAUCUCUUCUGGAAACUACCAGCCAAUCUCGAGCCAGGUUGCCAAGAUAGAUUUGGUGUAUUCUUUUUUAUGACUGCACUUUUAUCAUUUGGUAGUAUUACAUCGUUGGAUCUCUUUUAUAACGACCGUAUUAUUUUCAUCCGUGAAAGAGCUAAUGGUUUCUAUAGAACAUCUGCAUACUUCCUUGCCAAAGUUGUUACCGAUAUCAUUCCAAUGAGAGUAAUCCCUCCAAUCAUUCUUGGUUCAAUUUGUUAUUAUAUGAUUGGUUUACAACCAGGAGCUCUUCAUUUUAUCUACUUCCUUAUUUCUUUGGUAUUAACAAGUACAGUCGCUUCAUCAAUGUGUAUGGCCAUUAGUACAAUUUCACCAUCAUUUGGUACUGCUAAUAUGGUUUCAAUCCUUUUGCUUUUUGUAUUUUUGUUGUUCGAUGGCUUCCUUUUGGCAAGAAACUCCAUUCCAAAAUAUCUUAUUUGGUUAGUUUGGGUAUCAUUUAUGUCGUACUCAUUGGAAAUCCCCGUUGUAAACGAAUUCAAAGGUCUUUGGAUUCAAUAUAAUCCACCAAAUACAAAACCUACAUAUGCUGAUGGUUUAGAAUUCCUUUCAACUAUUGGUGCAAGUCCCGAAAGAUUAUUUAUCGAUAUGUAUGUUUUAAUAGGAAUGAUAUGCGGCUAUUUAUUAUUGGCCUAUAUAUUCUUAAGAUUUUUAGUUAGAGAGUACAGAUAGAUUGGUAAUGGUUUUAUAAAAUUAAAUAAAGAAAUAAAAUAUAUAUAAAAUUUAUAUAUAUAGUAAAAUAAAAUAAAAUAAAAAUAAUUUUUAA